UAUGUGGGGUCAGGCGGUACUCGCCAAAUCGGAUCCAUAAAUGAAUGGUGGGCUCGACUUCCACACACGAUUCCUGAUUGGUCGCCGCGUCCGACCGAGAUAAACAAGGCUGCGAUUAUAUAUAUAUAGUGGCAUUUAAGAGACACUUCACGAACACUUUUACGCACGACGUUUUACGCACGCCUUAAGAUGAGAGCGCAUAUCCAGAAAGGUCCUCAGAUUCUGCAGCUGCUGAAGAAGAAGUCUGUGGGGCUUCAGCACUGCAAGCCCACAUCCUCCGUGUGUGUGCUAGACACGAAGGAUGCUGCGGAGAGCGCGCCCUGCGCACACAGUCUCGACUCCAUCCCUGGACCAACCAACUGGCCGCUGUUCGGAAGCCUCAUCGAGCUGCUCCGGAAAGGAGGUCUAAAAAGACAACACGAGGCGCUGAUCCAUUACCAUAAGAAGUUUGGGAAGAUCUUCCAGAUGAAGCUGGGCUCUUUUGAGUCGGUUCACAUUGGUGCACCAUGUUUAUUGGAGGCUCUUUACAGAAAAGAGAGCAACUACCCUCAGAGACUGGAGAUCAAACCAUGGAAAGCCUACAGAGACAUGCGGGACGAGGCUUAUGGGCUGCUUAUAUUGGAAGGAAAGGACUGGCAGCGGGUGCGCAGCGCUUUCCAGCAGAAACUCAUGAAACCGACCGAAGUCAUGAAACUGGACGGCAAAAUCAAUGAAGUUUCGGCUGAUUUGAUAAAGAGGAUCGGAAGAGCCCAAGUCAACGGGAAGAUCGAUGAUUUGUAUUUUGAACUGAACAAGUGGUCCUUUGAAACGAUUUGCAAUGUGCUAUAUGACAAACGUUUUGGACUCUUGCAAGACAGCAUCAGCAGCGAGGCCAUGGAUUUCAUCACUUCAGUAAAGACGAUGAUGAGCACCUUUGGGCUGAUGAUGGUGACACCCGUGGAGCUCCACAAGACCUUCAAUACAAAAACGUGGCAAGAUCACACAGCGGCCUGGGACCGUAUUUUUAGCACAGCUAAACUCUACAUUGACAAGAAUCUGAAGAGGCACUCAAAUGGCAAAACCGGAAACUUCCUCUGCGACAUCUACCACCAGAGCCACCUGACCAAGAAGGAGCUGUACGCCGCCACAACCGAACUCCAGGUCGGAGGAGUGGAGACGACAGCUAAUAGCAUGUUGUGGGUUAUUUUCAACCUCUCACGUAACCCCUGCGCCCAAGCUAAACUUUUGAAGGAGAUCCAGGAUGUGGUGCCUGCAGGAGAAACGCCACGAGCUGAGCACAUCAAGAACAUGCCCUACCUCAAAGCCUGCCUGAAGGAGUCCAUGAGAGUUUCACCGUCUGUGCCGUUCACCAGCCGUACCUUAGAUAAAGACACCGUGCUGGGCGAUUAUACUCUGUCCAAAGGAACCGUCCUCAUGAUCAACAGUCAGGCUAUCGCUUCAAACGAGGAGUAUUUUGACAACGGAAAGCAGUUCAGACCAGAGCGCUGGCUUCAGGAGAAAAGCUCCAUCAAUCCAUUCGCACACGUGCCGUUUGGGAUCGGAAAGAGGAUGUGCAUCGGCCGGCGGCUCGCUGAGCUUCAAAUCCAACUCACUCUGUGCUGGAUACUACGUGACUAUGAGAUUGUGGCCACAGAUCAUGAGCCGGUGGACGCACUGCACGCAGGAACUCUGGUUCCCAGCCGAGAGCUUCCCGUGGCUUUUGUCCGCCGAUGAGAUACUAACCUGAACGGAUGACUCCAUAUUAAUGGAUCCGACACAUUACGAGGCCUUUAUACUGCUGCUAACCUAUUGAAUGUAUCAAUCUCACACUUAUACCUCAAACUAUUAGUAUAUAGUUUUAUGAUAUUAGUAAAUAAUUCCUCUAUUUAUGUACUUUAUUAAAAUGUCAGCUUAAAAUAAAUAUUUAAGGUUUUCCAUAAUUGCUGCUGCCUAGUAUAUUACUAUAAUAAAUAUAUUUUACUAAAAUAUUUACUAAAAUGUUUAUGUAGAGAUUGUAAAUUUUCUAUGCAAUAUUAUUUAGUACUGAAAUCGUUCCAUGUACAAUAUUAUGUUAAAUCGUUUUUUCUUUUUUAUAUAAAAGGUGUAGAGAUGCUGUACAUAUAUGUUAUAAUAUAAAACAGAAAUGUAACAUUCUAUUUAUGUACUCAGUAAUGAAUAUGUAUAAUAUGUUUAAUGUUUGUCUGUAUGAGUGAUAAGAAAACAAUGAGUGAUUGUUGAAAAGAAAAUUAUGAGAGUCUAGAAAGUCACUGGAUAUUGUUCAUCACUUAUGUUCUUAAUAAAAGUUUGAAAUGAAA